CGUUUCCGCGCGCCCAGCAAAGCGGGGACAGGGCGAAAAAUCCAGCGAAAGCCAGACUGAGCUUCCUGACCCCAAAGAGCUUCGUAGGGGAAGUUAUCUUCAGACGGCCCUCCCGGCGUGCACGGAGAAGUGGGAUUUUACCUGCGCAACUGCACCGAAAUUUGCACGACAAGGCGGCUGGAGUUUUUUGUUUUGUUUUGGGUUUUCUUUGCUUUGUUCGGGGUCGGCUCCGUGUAGAGUUUUAUUGCAGAGCAGCAUCACUACCGCACGUCGUGCCGCACAGGGAGGAGAGGAGAGGGCAGAAGUUUCCGCUGGCUUGUUUUGUCACUGCGGGGCUGGUGAAUCCGCAGGAAUGUCGCAGAAGGAGAGACCCACGUUUUACCGACAGGAGCUCAACAAAACCGUGUGGGAAGUCCCGGAGCGCUACCAGAACUUAUCUCCUGUCGGUUCCGGUGCUUACGGAUCCGUGUGCUCGGCGUUUGAUGUGAAGACGAACCUGAAGGUAGCAGUGAAGAAGUUGUCCAGACCUUUCCAGUCCAUCAUCCAUGCAAAGAGGACCUACAGAGAGCUGCGACUGCUCAAACACAUGAAGCAUGAAAAUGUGAUCGGCCUUUUAGAUGUUUUCUCACCAGCGACAAGCUUAGAGGAAUUUAACGAUGUGUACUUGGUGACACACCUAAUGGGUGCAGACCUCAACAACAUCGUGAAGUGUCAGAAGCUCACGGAUGACCACGUCCAGUUCCUCAUAUACCAGAUCCUCAGAGGCUUAAAGUACAUCCACUCUGCAGAUAUCAUCCACAGAGAUUUGAAGCCCAGUAAUCUGGCUGUGAAUGAAGACUGUGAGCUUAAGAUCCUGGACUUUGGUUUGGCACGGCACACGGAUGAUGAAAUGACAGGAUACGUAGCCACACGGUGGUACCGUGCCCCGGAGAUCAUGCUCAACUGGAUGCACUACAACAUGACCGUGGAUAUCUGGUCGGUGGGCUGCAUCAUGGCUGAACUACUUACAGGACGGACGCUCUUCCCUGGCACAGACCAUAUAAACCAGCUGCAGCAGAUAAUGCGCCUGACAGGGACGCCCCCAGCCUCCCUAAUAAGCAGGAUGCCCAGCCACGAGGCGAGGAACUAUAUCAACUCACUUCCCCAGAUGCCAAAGAGAAACUUUGCUGACGUGUUUAUUGGUGCCAACCCUCUUGCGGUGGAUUUGCUGGAGAAAAUGUUGGUGCUUGAUACAGACAAGCGGAUCACAGCAUCUGAGGCUCUGGCCCACCCUUACUUUGCCCAGUAUCACGAUCCAGAUGACGAGCCUGAAGCAGAGCCUUACGACCAGAGCUUUGAAAGCCGUGAGCUGGAAAUUGAGGAAUGGAAAGCCUUAACCUACGACGAGGUCAUCAGCUUCGUGCCACCAUCUUUCGACGAAGACGACAUGGAAUCUUGAGGAGGAAGCGGCUCUCUUCCACGAUUUGUUUUCCAAGAAACACUCUCUAAAGACUAUCGGUCUCAUGUGACUAUCCGCCACUUUCCUCAUACACGCGCACAGCGAUGACAUUCAAGUGCCUGCCGUCAUUCAUAUGUGGGGGGGACGUUGCGCUAUCAGGGAAACGAAAACAAAAAACUUGACAUCGUGUUCAUACCGUCCCCUGCUCUGCUGUUUUGUUUUUCUUAACAUGAAUCCCACCGUGCUGAGGUAGACUUUAACUCUCCUUAUGCAUUAGUAAUUUUUUUAUCUCAGACAUAUAUUCUUUAUAUUCUGUCCCUUAUUCUACAUACACAGCAAAAAAUAAAUAAAAAAGAAAACAUUACAUGUCAGUAUCUCCAGGCAAAUUGUAAUAACGGAACAUGUAUUAUGUAUUUUAUUAAAAAAAAUAUGGCUGAAAAUAAUGCUGUAGGACAACAAUUCUGGAAAGUUUUAAACCAUGCUGAGUGUGAAGUGUAUCUUUUGGCACAUUUUAAAUUCUGUUAUUUCUACGAGUACAUAGAACUAUGUAGAUACUACAGAAACAGUAUUUGUACAUAAAUCUUUCUGGGAAAAACGGCUACCACACGUGUAGUACUGAGGCUCGUCAGCCGCCCACAUUGACAGUUUGUUCUAGAAUGGCAUAUAAACCGAUACUGUGUGUAAUUUAUUUAGAAUAUGUAUAGGAUACGCGAAAAUAUGUAAAAUAUUCAGCCCAGUAUGGAAAAUUCAAGGCUUCAUCUUUCUUAAUGAUUGAGUUUUACACAUGGCAACCCCCCUCCCAAGGAGAGCAUUUCCCACGUGUUCAUUUUCAUCUAUUACUUUAGUAAGCUUCUUCCGUCUUCUCGCACAUGUGUUGUUUCACAUGAAUGUUUCAGCGAACAGCCACCAAUCUUUGCAGUUUCACCACAGCAUGUUAAAGCCAGAGUUUUUGGCUUACUAGUUUAUUCAAAUUGUAAUGUUUUUCCAUCACAACGUCAGCCGACAAUGUAAUUUAAUCAUAUUGCAUUUAUGAAACAGUACUAUUAAUGUUUAUGGAAUGUUUGGAGCGCCAGUUUGCGCCGUAUAUUUAUGAUCUUUUCUUAUAUUGUUUGUAUAUUGAUGUAAAAGAGAAUAUUAUUUGUCAGAAUUUAAGGUUGUUUGUAUUAUUUAUGGAGAGCUUAUUGUAUUAGUAUCCAAAUGUGUCAUCGAUAAUUUCAUAGAUCACUUGAGCCACAGUGGCUACAGCUUUCAUAUCAAGAGCCGACAAUGUUAUCAAGAGAUCGUUUGGAAUCAGUUUGAUACAUUCUGCUCAGUUUGCUAAAUUACCGUUGCUGAGGUUGUGUUUACAGCGCGCCUUGAUUCACGGCCCAACAAAUUAUCACAAUUUUUUAAAAAAGAAACCCAAAACAUAUCCUGUAAUGGUGGCAUAUUAGUCACCAUUUAUUGACUAACAAACCACUAAACUAUUUCUUUAGUGUGAAGACUUUUAUGACAAAAUGCUUCCAAUGUGAAGCGUUUGAAAAGUCAGACACGCAAGCUGUAUCCACAGUUGCUCUGCCUUUGGCACCCAAACAAUAUCAGACAUCAGUCAUGUUUGAUUUCAGCCGCUUGUUUUAAAUGUAGUGAUUUUUCUAAUGUGUUAUUUUACUCUUUGUGUGCUAAAUCAAGAUUUCAUGUUAUUCUGUGAUUCUGUAUUGAUUGUUUUAUAAGCAGCACCAGAAGCCUGUUAGAGUAAUUUAGAGGAGGGUUGGGGGGGUGUCACAUGUAUGCAGGAAAGUGCAUAUGUUUACUCACUGGAUGCUGAAGGGCAAUGCCGAAGCCUCAUAUUUUAUCAUUUUUAAACAACUGCAUUGAUUUAGAUAGGAUAUUUAUUUUGUCCAUAUCCCGAUGUCAGUAGUAAAUUUGGUUACACUUCGUCUGCCUGAAAUAUGUUUUUCUGGGGUUUUUUUUUUUUUUUUU